AUUUUGUUUUUGUCAAAGCAGCCAAGCAGAAGAAAUUUUAAGGUGAACAGAGUCGGCCACGACAAUGAUGUGUGCCGGUGUUGUGCGAUCGUGCCGCAAAUCCGCAGCCUUUGACCUUUUAUUCGGCGUGAUCGUGUUCACAACGCUACUAGACAUUUCGAGGACUAAAGACGUCUUCGAAGAUGCCGAGACCGAGUUGACGGUCACCCUACGUGCGGGUGGUAUCGAGUGCUUUCACCAGCCGGCAAAACACGGUCAGGUGCUCGAGGUAGAAUACCAGGUCCUCGAUGCCAACUUUGGCAACAUGGAGAUGCAGCAGAAGAUGGAUAUCAACUUCAUCCUCAAGUCGCCAACGGGGCAGGAGAUCAUCAAUGAGCAGUCCCGAACAGAAGCUAUUCACAGGCACGAAGUGAAGGAACCCGGCGACCACACGCUGUGCUUCGACAACAGCAUGUCGACAGUGUCCAGCAAGACUGUCUACUUUGAGGUCUAUGUGGACAAAACCGGAGGUGGAAGUCAGGAGGAUGACGAAUGGGACGCUGGCGAGAUUCCCUACUCGCCCGAGCUUGUCUACAAUGACACAUUCAAGGAUAUCAAGGCGACUAUCAAGAAGGUGCACGAGAACCUGAACCAGGUGACCCACUACCAGGACACCAAGCGCGCGCACGAGGCACGUGACCGCAACGUGCAGGAGCACAACUUUACGCGCGUCAACCAGUUCUCCAUGCUCUUCAUCGUCGUGAUGCUUGUGGUCGGCGCCAUCCAGGUCAUCAUGGUGCGGAGCCUCUUCGAGGAACGCAGCCGUCUGCGCAAGAUCUUCCAGUACCUCUCCUGACAACGGGGCCAUCACAGUUGUUGUCCCCGUCAUCAAAUCCUCAUCGCCCUCCUUUUGUCUUCAACCUUGCCUCCGCUCUGAGAAACUGAGUCUGUGACAGGUGCUCCUGAUGUGGUCUUCUUUAAUCGGGAGUGGUGGUGCCGUGCGUUGUUGAGCUGUCUUGGAGUUUGAGCACUCUGAUGGGCUUGUCUUUCGCCGGAAAGAAGUGCCACCCCACUCACAUUUGCUUUACUCACAGUGUCGUGUACGUCUAUCUCGUUAUGUUCACUGAUGCCCCUGUUAGGUUCUCCUUCUCCUGAGCUCACAGAAUGUAGAAGAAGAAAAAAAAGAAAGGCAGCAAACACUCCUUUUAGGCCCACUUUUCUAACCAAUAUUCUGGCAAUAUCGGUUGCUCCUGUAUCUUUUCAAUGAAGAGGAAGUUUACCUAGCAAUGUGCCAUUUUUUUUCUUUCUUAACUACAUGUGUCUGCAGGAAGGGCUUUUUGGCAGAAUGUCUGGUCAAGAGAGGCAUUGUAAUUAGCGUUUUUAUUUUUGGUUGCUUUGUUGAAGAUAUUUUGAUACCACUUGAUUGAGCUGUGCAAGUUCGUAUGCACAAGGCUUUUCUGUUUCCCGUGUAUACACUUCAUUUUUGUAUGUUUUGUCUCAUAUUUGUCAUGCUUUUUUGAGACCUAUACCAAAAAAAAAAAAAGUUUUUGAAGCUUGUA